CUUUCUUUUUUUUUUUUUCAUUUCUUCUCAUCCUCCAUUGCAAAACUCUUGCCUACUCCCGUCCGGCGACAUUUCACAUUAAUGCAGUGGUGGCCAUUGUCAUCCAAACACUCCACCAAUGGUGAGAGAUCAUCCAAUGUCAGCUAUUCUCGUAUAACGCCCUCCCAUACGGUUGUGCGACCCAAUAAGAGGUGCUGCUGGCUAUUCACCAAAGCUAUCCUUACCACUCUUGUGAGCAUACUGUUCUUUUAUGUGGUCCUCUUCCGCACAGAGUUCAAUGCUCGUGUCUACAUCCGCGACUGGGUUUACCAAAAAGAGGUAGAAAAAGUCUUGCCGCUGUCCAGUUGUCUUGAUUUACCCUCCGAUAGUCAAUACCUUCGUGGUUAUAGUCAUGUCAAUGAGAUCACUCCAGGAGUGCCUUUGGUCGAUGCGUUUACAUGCUAUGACUUUGCGGCGACUAUCUCAGCACGACAUGUGGCCAAGAGCAGCCAUAUCAUCUACCAUACAUUUAUCGAUAAUUCCAAGCCGGUGGACGAAACGGUGUACGAAGCUAUGCGAUCGUUUUUCGCCACCCAAGACGAUGGCAGCCUUUACCUUUGGACACGUAGCUUGAAAUUAAUGUCCGAUCCUCAUAUACAAAGUAUCCAAGAUAUCGGUGGAGAAAGAGUGCAAGUUUUAUUAUACGAACCGAAUGAUCUUUCACUUGGUACGCCUGUUCAUGGAUUGACGAGCAGCUUAGACGUGAGCGACCAAAAGAUGAAUGCCAUGCGACUGCUUAUUCUGUAUCGAUACGGAGGACUUUGGUUCGAUAGUACUGGAGUGUUUGUUCGUGAUAUGAGUCCUCUCUUUGAACAUGAGUGGAUCUCACAGGGUCAUUGCGCCGAUGGCAAUGGGUUUGAUCCUUCGUUCAUGCGGUUCCGCAGCCGCUCCCCUUACGUAUGUGAACUGCUUUCCGAACUACAACAACAGCAGCCCACCGACCCCUCCAAAAGUCCCCAAGAAGUGUAUACACGAAUUCACCGCCGACUUCUUCAACAUGCCAUACGGCCUUGGGCUAGGUUACCAUGGUGCUUUACGGAUCCCAAAGCAUGUACUUCCAAAAUAGCUCUGCCGUCUGCGUUUGAUUCCAAGGCCGAAGCCAAGUACCGGAUUUCUCAGAUUUUUGCCAUCAACUCACCACAAGGAUGGGAUAGAAAGACAGAGUGGAUCUUUCAAUAUUUGCAGGGCAAAUAUAGAGACGCUUUGGGGGCGUAGGUCAAAUUAGCUUAUUGUGUGUGUGUGUGUUUUUUUUUCUAUACUUUCCGUCCAUCGAUGCGUAAUGUAAUAAUGCGAUACCCCAUAUUUUGUGUUCAGACCGUAACAAUUACGAAAGAAAAAGAUCUUCUUCGUUACAUUUUUUAUAUUACAGGGAUUUUUUGUGGUGCAUUGAAAAUAUUGGUGGUUGGAAGUUGUUUUUCCAGAAAAC